AUGAGAUUUCUCUGUCUUCCCGGAGCCUAUGGCAGCUCUGAUAAGUUCCAGGUUCAGCUAGCACCCAUUGUCAAGGAAUUGACUGAGGAUGGAAUGGCUACCUUCCACUUCAUCCACGGCCCCUGUAAAGCCGUGCCGCCCGAGGGCUUUGAGGAGUAUUUUGGAAAACCCCCUUAUUACCGCUUCAUCGAGCCCGACCAGGAUGUGGAAAAGACCGAAGACGAUGACGUCCUGGCCAGAAUCAGGGACUUUCCCGAUUGUGAGAGCCCAGAAGACACCAUGCGAGAGCUGAUGCGCGAGGGCGUCGCCACCUCUCACCGCAGCACCGACAACGCACUCAAAUACCUGCUCAGAAUCAUGGACGAGCGCGGCCCGUUUGAUGCCAUCAUUGGCUAUUCCGAAGGCGCCACUGUUGCUGCUACGCUUCUGCUUCACGAGCAGAGGCGCUUCAAGAAAAAGGGCAUCAAGCCCAUGUUCAAGUACGCCAUCUUUUUCGCUGGCUGGCCCCCCGUCGACCCAGACACCCACCACAUGAUUCUUAGCGACGAGUCCGAUGUCAUGAUCGAGAUUCCCACAUGUCAUAUUAUCGGCUCCUUGGACCCUUAUGUCCACGGAUCUCUGGCCCUUUACAAUGUCUGCGAUCCCGAUACUGCCUAUCUUUUUGAUCACGCCAAAGGCCACACAUUACCGCGGGACAAGGAAACUGUGAAGGAGCUGGCCGAUGUGGUACGGGAUGCUACCUGCCUCUAUGAAAUUCACGCCUGA